UUUUUAAGUAGACUCCACACCCAACAUGGGGUUCAGACUCACAACCCUGAGGUAAAGAGUUGCAUGCUCCACUGAGCCAGCCAGGCACCCCUAAAAAUCACUUUCUAUCUUUAUAUCACCACCAUUGCAUAUCAGAGAAAGCAAUUACCAUAUUCCCAUUUUACAGAUAACAGAGGCUCAUCAGACAUGCUGAUUUGCCCAGUACUACAGAAAAUUCCAUUAAAGGGGUAUGACAGGUAGGUCUACUGACUCCCAGGUCCAGUACUUUAACUUUUAAUACAGGUUUUAUACAGGCUGCCAAAUAGGAACAGAAAGAAGAUAAUAGAGACACUAAUCCAAAGUUGCUACUCUCCAGCUACUCAAAACCUUGGACUACGAUAGCGUCCACAAGUUUCCAAGGCUACAGAGACAGAUUUGGAGUCAAACAAAUUUAGAUUCCCAUCCUGGCUCCACCACUUACUAUGUGAUCUUGGAUAAAUUGGGUGAAUCUCUUUCCAAACUUUAUAUCCCUCACCAAAACACGAAGAUAAUUCCUACCCCUUAGAGCUUUGUGAAGUAUCUGAGGUAUAUAGAACGAUUAUUCUUUCAACAUUUAUAGACCUAUUAAGUGCCAGGCACUGCUUGUAAACUAAACCUACAGAAAGUGUUGGUUAGCUAGCUAUGAUUAUCUGGCAGGGCUAUAUGUUCUUCUGCACUGCAUCCACAGGGGUCCGAGCCUCAACUGGCAGCAUAGCUAUAUUCAUACCAACCCCACAAAGAUCAAAAGUGAUUACAUCCCAGGAAGGAGGCCACUCCUUUAUCCCACUGCUACACUAAGAGGAAAGUCAGGGUCAAGCUUUCUUACAUCCAGUUUCUGCAAAGAUAGCCCAGUAGAUGUGAACAUGACUAAACCUCUCCAAUAGAAGCCUUCCAAAAGGCACAGAGGAUCACAGGAGAUAAAAAUGUCCCUGGCUGUUCAGUCACAGACAUGCAGCUCUUUGUCUGUGCCUGGGAGCUAUACACCUCAAGGUCACCAGACAGGAGACAGACGGUUGCUCAGAUUAAGGCUCAUGUAGCCUCUCUGGAGGGCAUCGCUUCAGAAGAUCAAGUCGUACUUCUGGCAGGCAUGCCCCUAGAGGAUGAGGCUACCCUAGAUCAGUGUGGACUGAAGGCUCUGACCACCCUGGAAGUAGCUGGCCACAUGCUUGGAGGUAAAGUCCAUGGUCUCCUGGCCCAUGUUGGGAAAGUAAGAGAGCAGACUUCCAAAGUGGUCAAACAGGAGAAAAAGAAGACAAGCCGAGCCAAGCAGUGGAUGCAGUACAACCAGAGCUUAGUCAAUAUUGUGCCCCUCUUUGGCAAGAAGGGCCCAAUGCCAAGUCUUAAAUCCAUUGUAAUCCUGGCUUUCCCCAAUAAAGCCACAUAG